CAGCCCCAUCCUAAAGCUCCCCUUGUCGCAGAGGGGUGAUAGUCCUGGCACGGUGAGGGGUUACACGGCUCCCAAGCACCAGCCAGAGCCUCAGCCCCAGGCUGUCCUCUGCCCAGCUGUCAAAUUACUCCCCACGAAGACCCUGGUGCCAUCCCACAGUUGUGAUUUGGAUGCUAUAUUUAGGAACAUGGUGACCUGCCAAGGUCAAACUCUUACUUGGUUGCAGAGAUGUUUGUGCUUCGUUACCAGCUUUUGCAUUUGCAGCUCACAGCGCCCUAACCACACAGGACAGGAUGCGAGAGAGUGGGUAGACAGUAAAAGCGAAUGCUGGACUCCAUCCUGCAACACUCUGAGCAGCCCUGACAAGGCGCUGUGUACCCUCCUUUCCUGGGGCUGCUGGCGAGCAGCACCCUGCUGAGCACCCCACUGCUUCUAGCAGGAUCCAACCCUUUAUUUGCUGCAUGCACAUCUGAUAAGAACAUUGCCUUUAGCAUGCUACUUUCAAAACAACUUUACGUGAUGGGUUGAUGACUACCUUCAAACCGGCCCCCCAGCCCUCCUCACAGUACAUCCUCGCAGCCCUCCUCCUCUGCACCCCAAAAGAAACCCAGAUUUAUCCUCUUUACAUGGAGAAAAGGAGGUCUGUCCCUGUUGCAAGCAGUGAAGACCCCUCCGCAUUUACCCUAAAUUAUUUUAUCGGUGGUGCAUGGCUGCACAAGUGUCGGAUGCUUGAAGAGCUUGGGGGCAGGACCUUGCCUCCCUGCUGCUGACUUGAGAGGUGUGGGUGCAUAGAGGGGACACGGGUUGCCCAAAGUUGCAUGGUGGUGAUGCUGGGAGGUCAGCAGCUGGCAGGAGUGCCCAGCAUCCCCACCAGUCCCUUUCAUGCCCAGAUACAUAGAUAUAGGUAACACGGGUAAGUAGGGACGGGGUCUGAGGUGGCUUGUGCCCUUGGGUGCAGGGUGAGCACCUCACUAGGGUACCAAGAAAGCUGCUUAAAACUUGUGUCUCCAAAGUGAUGGCCAAGCACCAAGACCCAAAGUCCCGCUGUCUGUCGAGGAGCAUGAAAGCCGUGCCCACACUAGGGUCGCAGUGCCCAUAGAGAUGGUCCUUUCUCCAGCCUACCCAGGCAGAGACUUCACCCAUGGGGAGCACAAGGGAAGGCCAGAAACCAGCACAACCCGCCUGCCUCAGUCAAGUGCCUUCACUGCAAAAUCAACCUUCUCAUGAAGGAAACAGGGGGCAAAACCCCUUUCUUCCUCUUUUGAGAAACAACUGACUUUCCGAGUGCUUCUUAGCCCCUGGCAUCCCACAGUGCUGUUCAGCAGCUCUGUCUGUGUAUUCAUGGUCUUCACUUCUUUGAACACAACUUGCCAUGAAACUUUCAUCCACAGCAGGAAAAAAAACACUGGCGCAUACUCUGGACUGUUUCGAGGGCAAAUAUGAAUAUACGGAAUAAGAACCUCUUUCUGCUUCUGGUAGAACAGUAGGAAAAAGUAUGGAAGUGCACCAGAGAAGAAAGUCUAAGCAACCUUUUUUGUUGUGGGAGAUGGUAGUGAACAAACCUACCCACUACGAAGAGUUUUUUCCAGGAAGUGUAGGUUGCUGCAACCUGUAUCCCUUGAGCAGCGGGUGCUCACACAACAGUUCUCAUGCUACUUGCAAGCAGCACAUUUGAAGGAGCCCCAGCAACGUGCACGGAGGAUGAACGAACCCUACAGCCCUGCAACGCCCCGACCCAUCAGCAGCACCUCGCCCAGCACCAUGAAAAUGUUCAUGGGCUUCCUCACUGUAUUUACUGUAGCACAGAUGAUUGGGACCGUACUCUUCUGUUUGUAUCUUCACAUGAAGAUGGAUAAGAUGGAAGAGGUGUUGAGCUUAAAUGAAGAUUACGUGUUCGUGAGAAAAAUACAGAAAUGUCAGACAGCAGAAGGUCAGAAGUCGACAUUAUUGGACUGUGAAAAGAUUUUAAAGGGCUUCCAGGACCUCCAGUGCAAGGAUGGGGGAGCCGGCAAGGGACAGCCCAAGUUUGAAAUGCAGAGAGGCCAUAAGCACCAUGAGCAUCUCCAUUUGAUGCACAAAAACGAGACGCCCGUGGCAGCGGAGAAGAGGCAGCCGAUUGCAGCCCACCUGGCAGGUCAGAAGAGCAACAAGGUAGUCUCAGUGCUAGAGUGGCAGACAACGACGUAUGGCCCCAUGAACAACAGCUUGAUAUCCUACCAGGAGGGGAAACUGAAGGUGAAGGAAGCAGGGCUCUACUACAUCUACUCCCAAGUCAGCUUCUGCACCAAGGCAGCGACUUCGGCACCCUUCACCCUCUAUAUUUAUUUGUAUCUCCCCAUGGAAGAGGACCGGCUCUUGCUGAAGGGACUAGACACACACAGCACCUCCAAGUCUCUCUGUGACCUCCAGUCCAUCCGGGAGGGAGGUGUCUUCAAGCUCCGGGAGGGUGACAUGGUCUUUGUCAACGUGACAAACUCAACACAAGUGAACUACAGCCACGGCAGCACCUACUUUGGCAUCUUCAAGCUGUAGUGAGGAGGGGACUGACCUGAGCUGGGGGUCCAGCCUGACUUCGUUGAGCAAAGUGGCUUUCCCUGUUUCCCGUAUUUAUGUUCCUCUGCCUCUUUGGUUUUCUUGUUUCUUAAUUUGUAUAUUUUGUUAUUUAUUAAUGAACA